AUGCCGAAGGUGAUUCAAAGUCUUGCUGUAGUUCAAGUGGUCCAGUUUAACACAAACAUGAGAGCUGAUGCAGUAACUACCUCAUACAGGACUUCAUAGUCGAACGCUUCCCCCCCAUGACCUUGCAAAGCUACAACUCUACAUGUUCAAGCGGGACCAUUCGCUUUCGAGGGACGCUUGGACUGACCUCCUCACAUUGCUGCGCACCUACACCUUCCACGACGCCGACCUCAGCGACAUGUCCGAAUACAAAAUGGUCCGAGCGAUACGACAUCUCACCGGCUUCAGAACUGUGGAGGUCGGGAAGUGCCCCAAAGGUCACGUCUCCUAUGGCGCCAAACGACUCCAAGACCUCGAGGAGUGUCCGACGCCCGGGUGCCGCGAGAAACGUUUCACGCUGGGCAAGAAUGGCGAGAAGAUUGAACGGUCAACGCAGCGCUUUUAUGACCCCGCCCCUUUUGUUAACGCGCUUCGUGCACACCCAGUAAUCGGCCCUACCCUCGCCAAUGCCAAGCCGAGCGACGAGGUCGUCGACUUGCACAAGGCGUCAGGUGGCUCGGGCUCUUACCCGGUCGUGAGGCGAUGGGUCGACGGCCUAUACGCACGAACGCUUUACGCAAACGGCGAUCUCAAGCCGGAUGACAUCCCUCUUGCAAUCUUCUCCGACGGAACCGAAGUGCUCGCGCACUCCAACGCCAAUCGCAAGGUCAACGCCCACAUCUCUGGGGUGAUACCCAUGACCCUGCCCCCCGGACUUCGUUGGAAGCUAUCAUCGCACUGUCAUCUCCGUGAACGGCCCUCAAAAACCCAAAGACGAGCAGUCAUUCCUAGAAACACUCUGUCAACAGCUCCACAUCUUCGAAGGGGAGCGUACAUCCUUUUCAGCCGCUCAGGACAGGCACCGUGUGCUUUGCAGAGACAGGAUCGUGGCUUGCAUAGCCGACACGCUGGAGCAAGCAGCCCUUGGAAACCUCGUGGGAGCAAGAGGCCUCGCUUCGUGCUUGAUCUGCUCGAUCAUCAGCAUACCUCAUUACGCACCUGGAAACACCAAAGGCUAUCUGCCGUUCUGUGUUCCUCAUGCGAAAAAGCGUUCGAAAACGACGAGGGAGUGAUCGUAUUGGUGCUCGACCAUCCCGAGUGGGCUGGGCUUGUCGACACCGCCACGACGUUCCAAAUCCCUGGUGGGCAAGACGUUCGACUGGAUAACGAGCGCAACUACAAGCGCUACCGUCGGGUGGUUGAAGCAAUGAAACGACACCCGACCAAGCUCGAAUCGCUGCGGCGUCGCACGGGGAUCUCAGGCGAAGCUCCGAUCGAGGCGCUCGACCUGUUCAAGGAUGCUUACUCCACGUUCCUACCAUUAGAUUAUAUGCAUCUGAUUGGUAUCAACAGUGGCAGCACUUUUAUCAAUAUCCUCGUCCGCGACUUGGACUCGAAAGCACGCAGGCACGCCAUGACGUUGACCUCCGACGCGAUCGCUCGCAUGACUCGUGCGUAGCUGUUGUCUCGGCCGUACCUUGCGAGAGUGGAGGGUGUGAUUGUCAGGCCCUUAGCCGAGAAAAGGAAAUAAUGGAAAGCAAUCGAACGGGAACUGUUCAUCUUGCGUGACCUGGGACCGCUUUCGUGCCAGCAAUUCAAUGAACCCGAGUUCGAGCGACUGACAGCGCUGACCAUCCGAAUGUUUGCGGCGAUGAAGACCGAUGUCUUCAUCGACGAUUCCGUUGACUUUUUUGAUCGCCUACCGGACGUGGACCGGCUCGAACAACGUCGUCUGUACGAGCUCGAUGAAAAGGGCGAGGUUCCCAUCACGUACACCUACCUCUAUGUUCUCAUCGAACAGACUCUGCUACUGCGCGAGAAGCUUCUGUAUGAUCGAGAUCCCGAGUUUCUUCGUUCCCCGCCACAAAUCAUCGUCUUAUGCACGGUCCCGAUUUUAUGAAAAGAAUGGGGCCGCUUCGUGAGUACUCGGCUUGCGGAACGGAGACGAUGAUGGGCUACAUCAAAGGGGGGAUGAGAAGCAAGUCAAAACCCGUCGAGUCUGGCAUGAAUUUGGCGGAGAUGCGGAACAUGAUGAUGAUCCUUCGACUCAAGUACGACAUACCAACAAUGGACGAUCUCCGGGACACUUCGCCGAGGGAUCAUGCCUCGCAUGCCCAGCUGCCGGGCUACAAGCUGCACACGCUCAAGAAAACGGCGCGACGCCCUUCGCAAAAAUUCGUCGACUUGACCGAAGAGGUCGCAGUCUUCUACGGAGGCAGUGUCACGUCGAUAACUCUCUGGGAUCGCAAACGACUACACCAAGAACCAUCUAUGCGAUGGACUCUGGCAGCUCGCUCGACGAAGGAUGGCGGCGCCUUGAGGGUGCAGGUGCAUCGGCAGUCACGUUGCUCGGAUCCGGUAACGAGAUGCGAAACACGCAAGGCACCGUCAACUGCAAGACGGCUAGAUUUGUGCAUGAGUACCACCAAAUCAACUCAUCACAUCUGAUGUCAGCGGAGAUAUUCUUGACAGCGAAUCUGCGAUCCACAGAUGUCAAUGGAGGCCGACAAUUCACAGCGCGCCGGCGAAGUUGUGUAUUUUGUUGAGCUAGGUGUAACGACGCUGAAGGAGAAGCAAUUGCUUUCGUUGGUCGAUGUCUUCCCAGUUGCCAUGGACAUCCGGGGGUUGUACGAGAGUUUCGAUGUGGAUGGUCCUCGCAACCUCAGCCUGAUCGGUGUCGAGCGUCUCCGCCAACUCGUGUCCAUCAUCCCGAAUACGAUGAGGCCGCCUCCCACCGCGGCCGAGCUUGCGCAAGGUGCAGGGCCGGCUGUGACAGCUCCCGACACAUAUGCGAUAUCUGUGUUUCCACAUUCAACUGCGACCCCUCUGCGCCGAGUCGACGCCUGGCACUGA